CGCCACCUCUUCGACAGCGCUUGUUUGCCCGAAUAUUGCAAACGAAUAUUCCAGGAAUAUUUUUGAAUAUUGUUUUCUAAUAUUCCUGUCAACUAUAUUGCUGAAUAUUCACUCCACAUAAAGUAUUUAUUCAAACAUAUUCCUUGCUGAUUGGGACUCUGAUGCCGCCGCUCGUCUUCGUCAGCAGUUUGAGGCGGUGCCAUCACAUGAUCACAUCAUAUUACUUUCUCAUUCUGAAACGGUCACGCUAGUAAAAAGAGGCGUGGAUGUAAACAAGUUUCACCAAAACUCGGGAUCACAGGAGAUUAUUAUUUUAAAUUUACUUUUCAUAUAUAUCAAAAUUACACCACUCCCUUGCUCAGCAAAAAGUUAGAUAGAGAAUGGACAUCGAUGAUAUGGCCCUGAUAGGGCCAGGAGUCAAUUUGUCUGAGAUCCCUCCUAUUAAUCAAAAAAGGACUCUUGCUUUUGUCAAUACGUUCAUCACUAACACAGUGACAAUACUGAACAAUCUUGCUAGGACAAGUGAACUGAAACUUCAUAAGUUCGAAGAGAAGCUGCAGAGAAUGGAUGCAUCCCUCUGUAUUUUAGAGGCUAAGCUUGCCUCUAUUCCUGGCCUGGAAACAGUGCCUGUUGAACUGCCCAAGGUGGAGCAGAAUCAAGUGGCUGCAGUAACAGGCGUAACAGCACCACAAGAAUCUCCGAAGCAAGAAGAUGCAAACGUCUCAGAAGCAGAACCUCAAGGUGUUGCAGCAGUGCUUGCAGAGCCUGAUCCUCAGUACACUAAAUUUUUCAAAAUGGUUCAAUUUGGCGUGCCCCCUCAAGCGGUAAAACUGAAAAUGAUAUCAGAAGGACUGGAUCCAAAUAUUUUAGAAGAUAUUUAAUCAGUACCAAAGGUUCCAAAAAGAAAAGCUUCUUUGGAUUCAUCAAGUGAAGAGAACUCGGAAUAAUUAAAAAUGUAAUGCUGUGAUAAAGACAUUUAAAUAAAUUGGGUCGAUUUGUACAAAAUUUAUUUUUUCAGUUUAUAUUAA